AUGGAUCAUCCGGGUCAAAAAGAAGACCCGGUUCAUGGACCCGACCCGAUCCAAUAUCUCAGUGACACGUCAGCGUGUAUAUCAGACUCUAAAAACGUUUUCUUGCUGCGACGAUUGACGAAGAUCAGUUGUGGACGAUUGACGAAGAUCAGUUGUGUGCAAUCAUCGCCAUCCUUCCUUGUUAGUCUGUCAUAUCGCAGUAAAGAAAUGUUUCCACAGCCUUACUUCUGCUGGACUGAGCGUGGGCCUAGAAACUGCCUCAAUGCGACCUUCCAACCAAUAGAGCAAUUACAACAUGUACAUUGGCAUUCUCCUCUAUGUGGUCGAUGCAGACAAAGUCCUGGGCUGAUUCGGUGUGUAUCAGAAUCACUGAUUCUCUGUACAGCAAGUUUCCUAGAACCGAGUGUUGCAUGUAUUCGAUCAAAGCAUCAAGUUACUGUGAACCACUUUGGUAGCCAUUUGUCGUGUCUUGACCCGAGUCUUCCAACUGGUGGGAUCAAUGUUGUUGAUUAUGGUGCCCUUUCUCAGUUACUACAUCCUACGCCUCCACAAACUGGGCCUAAUUCAGCAGCUCUAAACCAGUUUGCCACUGGUUCCUCUUUGCCCACACCACCUAACCCAAGUGUUAGAGCACCAGCAUCAAACCGGAGAGUACCAACUGGUUUUGAACUUGCUCAGUUACUACAUCCUACGCCUCCACAAACUGGGCCUCAUUCAGCAGCUCUAAACCAGUUUCUCCCACCAACUGGCACUGUUUCCGUUUCUCCCACACUACGUGGUUUCUCUGGAUCGUGGCUUACAGGUUCUGGUUCUAGAGUUGCGGCACCUGAUGUGAACCUAGCGCCUAAUUCAGCAGCUGAACACCAGUUUCUCCCUCCACCUGGCUUCACAGGCUCGGGGCUUCCAGGUUCUGUUUCUGGAGCAGCACCUCAUGUGAACCUGACGAAUGUAGAUGGAGUUAACCUUGUUCAAGAGCAAGAGCAGGAGCAUCUUGGAGAUGGAGAUGGAGAUGGAGACAGCCCAGAGAGAAAACGGAGAAGACAAGAGCAGGUUGGAGAUGGUCUUGAGCAAGAGCAAGAGCAAGUUGGGGUUGGGGUUGGGGUUGGGGUUGGGGUUGGGGUUGGGGUUGGAGAUGGAGAUGGAGAUGGAGAUGGAGAUGGAGAUGGUGAUCUCAAUCUUGAGCUGACACUCGGCCCAGAGAAGUAA